UCACAUUUGUGAGACGCUUAUUGGAGCAGAAGCAGACGACGCUACUCGUAGCUGACCUCGGUGGCCGGGGAAGCAGGAGAACUGGGGAGCACUUGUCGGCCGUUUCUUGCUCUCGUGUGGCCUUUUUGUUAGGGAAAAGACGACAAAGAUGACCUUGCGUAUCCUCACCAGAGCCUGGCAGAGCCGAAGGAGAAGGCGGAUUUUGGAUCCUGCUUUGAUCUCUCGCUCUUUUUCUGAGCUUUCUUCUCGAUCCGAACGACCUUCUUUCGGCAUUGCGUUCGACAUCGACGGUGUCAUUGUGCUCGGGAAUUCCCCCAUCGGUGGCUCUGCGGCUGCGUUAAGGAGGUUAUAUGACGAAGCCGGUAAAAUGAAAGUCCCGUACGUUUUCUUGACAAAUGGCGGUGGUUAUCCUGAAUCUAGAAGAGCCUCUGACCUUAGUUGUCUGUUAGGCCUACAUAUAUCAUCUUCACAGGUCAUUCAGGGCCAUUCUCCAUUUAAACAAUUGGUCAAUCGAUUUCAAAAUGAACUCAUUGUUGCUGUGGGAAAAGGGGAACCUGCUGCUGUGAUGUCUGAAUAUGGUUUCAAAAAUGUCAUUUCAAUUGAUGAAUAUGCAUCAUGCUUUGAACAUAUUGAUCCUCUGGCACCGUACAAGAAAUGCACAACACAGUUGGUUGUUGAUCAGAAUUCAGAAUUAAAGGAAAGUGCUCCGAGAAAUAAUGUCUGCUCUGAGAGGGUUAGAGCAGCUUUUGUAGUUAGUGACCCUGUUGAUUGGAGCAGAGAUAUACAGGUUCUCUCUGACAUCUUAAGGACAGGAGGUCUUCCUGGAAGAAAUGUUGGACCACAACCUCAUUUAUUCUUUGCAAAUGAUGACCUUGAGUACCAGACUGCUUUUCCUUCUGAACGUCUUGGCAUGGGAGCUUUUAGAAUUGCAUUGGAGUCCAUCUUCAAUAGAAUUCACCCUCACGCUCUAGAAUAUACUAGUUUUGGCAAACCGCAUCCAUCUGUAUUCAAGAAUGCAGAACUUGUGUUAGAGCAAGUCACGCUAUCACUUGAUGAUCUACAUGACGUAAAUCAUAAGAAUGCUCAGUGUUUCAAAACUCUUUACAUGAUUGGAGAUAAUCCUGCAGUUGACAUCAAAGGUGCAAGACAGGCUGGACAUCCUUGGUUUUCUAUUCUCACGAGAACUGGAGUUUUCAAGGGGAAGGAAAAUCAUCACGAGUUUCCAGCGGAUCUGGUUGUUGACAAUGUGGAAGAAGCAGUGGACUAUAUUUUGGCAAAGGAAUGCGUCUUGUAGGUUGCCGUUGCUUUCCAUGACCGAGGCUUACGAGUCCCGGAAACUGAAAAAUGAUAAUAGUUUUAUGAUUCUUCUGUAUUCUUUUGAAGCAGAAGUCACUGAAUGAAAAUUUUAAAGCUUCGAUUGGGUUGAAAUUGAUGGGUUUGUUAUCCCCUUGUAUCUUGUGAUCAAGGUUAAAAGAGAAAAAGGGUUAUUAUCCUUUGUAUUGCAUUUCUUAUAGUUUCUCCUUCAAACCCGUUGCCAGUAAAAACUAAAAUGUAGCAAAAAUAAUAUAUGAAAGACCGCUCUGCGCAUCGAAUUUGGUGACAGACCCCUCUUUUCUAUAA